AUUGAGGUUAUGUAAAUUUGCAAAAACAAUAAUACUGUUUAACAAUUUUUUAUUCAAUUGUUAAAAUAAAAUUGAUUAUUAGAACAAUUGCUACUGAUAAUUAUUUGAGUCUAUAGCUUUUAGGUUUCAAAAUGAGUGCUCCUCCUCAAGCAUUGGUGAACAGAAAUAAAAAACACUUUUUAGGUGUUCCAGCACCUCUAGGAUAUGUAGCUGGUGUGGGCAGAGGUGCUACAGGUUUCACAACCCGGUCUGAUAUUGGUCCUGCUCGAGAUGCAAAUGAUGUAUCAGAUGAUAGGCACGCUCCCCCUGCUGCUAAAAGAACAAAGAAGAAGGAUGAAGAAGAGGAAAAAGAAGAGGAAGAAGAUCUGAAUGACUCAAACUAUGAUGAUUUCAAUGGAUAUGGUGGUUCCCUAUUCUCAAAAGAUCCUUAUGACAAGGAUGAUGCGGAAGCAGAUGCUAUAUAUGAAGCUAUUGAUAAAAGGAUGGAUGAAAAAAGAAAGGAAUACAGAGAAAAACGAUUGAGAGAAGAGUUAGAAAGAUAUCGUCAAGAAAGGCCUAAAAUUCAACAACAAUUUUCUGACCUCAAAAGAGAUCUAAUAAAUGUCUCAGAGGAUGAAUGGAAAAAUGUACCUGAAGUGGGUGAUGCAAGAAAUAAAAAAGAGAGGAAUCCAAGGAAUGAGAAAUUCACUCCUCUUCCAGACAGUGUACUUUCUCGAAAUUUAGGAGGGGAAGUUACUACAUCAUUAAAUCCUUCAUCAGGCUUAGCAAGCAUGGUACCAGGUGUUGCAACUCCAGGAAUGUUAACUCCAACAGGUGACAUGGACUUGAGAAGAAUAGGGCAAGCUAGAAAUACACUUAUGAAUGUUAAAUUAUCACAGGUAUCCGAUUCUGUCACAGGACAAACAGUUGUUGAUCCAAAAGGGUAUUUGACAGAUCUGCAGUCCAUGAUUCCCACUUAUGGAGGUGAUAUAAAUGAUAUCAAAAAAGCAAGGCUUCUUUUGAAAUCUGUUAGAGAAACUAACCCAAACCACCCACCUGCAUGGAUUGCCAGUGCCCGAUUGGAAGAAGUUACUGGAAAAGUACAACCAGCUAGAAAUCUUAUUAUGAAAGGAUGUGAGGUUAAUCCACUUAGUGAAGAUUUAUGGUUAGAAGCUGCUAGAAUAAAUCCUCCAGACACUUCUAAGGCCGUUAUUGCACAAGCUGCUAGACAUAUACCAACAUCUGUGAGGAUCUGGAUAAAAGCUGCGGAUCUAGAAGAAGAAACCAAAGCCAAACGUAGAGUAUACCGUAAGGCUCUGGAACAUAUUCCUAACUCUGUAAGAUUGUGGAAAGCAGCUGUUGAAUUGGAAAAUCCAGAAGAUGCUCGAAUAUUGUUAUCAAGAGCUGUAGAAUGCUGUCCAACGGCUGUUGAACUCUGGUUGGCUUUGGCCAGACUUGAGACCUAUGAAAAUGCCAGGAAAGUAUUGAACAAGGCUCGAGAAAAUAUUCCCACAGAUAAACAGAUUUGGACUACUGCCGCUAAACUGGAAGAAGCCAAUGGUAAUGUUACUAUGGUAGAAAAAAUCAUCGAAAGGGCCAUAGCAUCGUUGAAUGCCAACGGUGUUGAAAUAAACAGAGAACACUGGUUCAAGGAAGCCAUAGAAAGUGAAAAAGGGGGCCAUAUCCAUUGUUGUCGUGCCAUCAUCAAAACGAUCAUCACAUAUGGGGUGGAACCAGAAGACCAAAAGCAUACCUGGAUGGAAGAUGCAGAACAUUGCAUUAAUCAACAAGCCUAUGAGUGUGCUAGGGCAGUUUAUAGCCAUGCUCUUGCUUCUUUUCCUGGAAAGAAAUCGAUAUGGCUUCGAGCUGCCUAUUUGGAGAAAAAUCAUGGUACAAGAGAGUCACUAGAAUCUUUACUACAGAGAGCUGUUGCUCAUUGUCCUAAGAAUGAAGUUUUGUGGUUGAUGGGAGCAAAAAGCAAAUGGUUGGCUGGUGACGUUCCAGCUGCUAGAGGAAUUUUGUCAUUAGCUUUCCAAGCAAAUCCAAACAGUGAAGAAAUUUGGUUGGCUGCCGUCAAAUUAGAAUCCGAAAAUCAUGAAUAUGAAAGAGCAAGAAAACUAUUAGCGAAAGCAAGAGGUUCUGCUCCAACUCCAAGGGUUUUGAUGAAAAGUGCAAAACUUGAAUGGUCUUUGAAUGAUACAUCGGCUGCUCUCAAACUACUUGAUGAUGCGCUCAAAGUUUUCCCCACAUUUGCAAAACUCUGGAUGAUGUUAGGGCAAAUUUACGAACAACUUGAAGAAUUGCAUAAAGCAUUUGAUUCCUACAAUGCAGGGAUAAAAAAAUGUCCGGAUUCUAUCCCACUUUGGCUGCUUUUAUCAAGGUUGGAAGAAAAACGGGGAGUCUUGAUUAAAGCAAGAUCGGUUUUGGAAAGAGCCAGAUUGAAGAACCCUAAAAAUGAUAUUUUAUGGUUAGAAGCCAUAAGAGUGGAAUUGAGAGCAAAUUUUAAGGAUAUUGCCAAUUCAAUGAUGGCCAAAGCUUUACAAGAAUGUCCAUCUUCUGGUAACCUAUGGUCAGAAGCCAUCUUUAUGGAAGCUAAAGCACAGAGGAAAUCAAAAUCGGUAGAUGCCUUGAAAAAAUGCGAACAUGACCCCAAUGUACUCCUGGCAGUGAGUAAGCUUUUCUGGGCCGAAAGAAAAAUAGGAAAGUGUCGAGAAUGGUUCCAAAGAACUCUCAAAAUUGAGUCCGACUUAGGUGACGCUUGGGCAUAUUGGUACAGAUUCGAACAACUUCAUGGUACAAAAGAACAGCAGCAAGAUGUUAAACAAAGAUGCCUCGCUACAGAACCCCACCAUGGUGAACUUUGGUGCAAGAUUUCAAAGGACAUAAAAAAUGUGAGGCUUAACAAUGAACAACUUCUGGAUGCCGUUGCAAAAGCUGUCCCAAUCCCUACUUAAGAUCAAUGUAAAUUUCAAAUAUUUCAGAUAAUAAAAUAUUUAUUAAUCAGUAAAAAA